UUUCUUAUUCUUUUCGUGCUGUUCCAUUUUGUAAAAAAACUGCGCAGCAUGACGUCGUUAUCGUUUCUUCAUUAUAUAUUCUUCCUCUGUCUCUCGUGUUUGUUAAAACAUGUUUAAACAAGUUGAUAUUGAAAAAGCGGCGUUUAUUAUAAUUUUUGACAUUUUUUUUUAUUUUAGUUGUGACAGUUCUCUUCUCUUUCUCUCUCUUUCUGCCUCUCAAUGUGAAGUUCUAUCAAAAACGACUCUCUUUUUGUUGUUUCACUUGUGCUUAUAAUUCUGACACUUAAAUCUGCAGCGCACAUUUUCUUUUCGAAUUGCAUGCGAGUUUCAUGUAACGAUUUGACAACAAUUCGUUGUGAUUUACAAAUCACGAUCGGUCAAUUCUGACAUUCGCCAGAAAGCGAUUCAGAAAGAAAACAUCGUGUGCCGUAGAUAUUACUUGAUAAUUUACGUUUACAUUAAGAAAUAAAAAACAAUAAUAUAUGCUAAAGAACUGUAUAAAACAGUAUCUCUUUAUUAUAUUUAGAUAUAUCAUAUAUCACGUACUGCGUCUCAAAUUUUAGAUUUACAUACAAGGAAGCUCAAUCGUGGGGCAUGUGUCUGUCGAACGGCUCGUGCACGGGUGCAGUCGGAAUGUUAAUGAACAACGACGUCGAUUUCGCGGCAACCGAGUUCGUGAUGACCUCAGACAGAUUAGACGUCAUCAGUUUUACAACGCCCAUUUACACAACCAAAUGUCGUGCGUACAUCGCGCGACCGGCGCCGGCGAAUGUAAAAUGGGACGCCUAUACGGCACCGUUUUCUGCGAGCAUCUGGGGCGUCAUCAUUCUCUUUAUAGUAAUUAUGAGCGGUUCGAUCGUGCUUAUUCGAAAAUUAUUUCUAAUUGCAUCCUUAAGUCUGCGGAUUGACGACCCAUCACCGUCAAGAUUCACGGAGAUUCUGUUCUUCGUCUUAGGAGCGUUUUGCAGUCAAGGCAUGCAACAAUCCACGUUGGAUCCCGUGAGAAUGGUACAUUUUGUGAUUCAUUUAACGGCCGUUGUGAUCUUGGCCGCGUAUUCCGCCGCUUUGAUCAGUUUCCUCACUGUAAACACGUUUGUAAUGCCGUUUACGACCAUGACCGGUCUUCUGGAAGACGGGACCUAUCGUUUUGGAGUCGUUGGUGAUUCGGCCGACUUUGGUUUCUUUAAGAACACGUCGGACAAAAUAAUAAACAUGUUGUUCGACAAGUCAGUAUCGAAAGAAAUUGAUCUGCCGAUCAAUUACAUGGACGGUUUGGAUCGAGUUUGUACAGAGCACAAAUACGCUUUUAUGACACUGGAUAAUAUGGCAGCGUUGUUGCAGCAGAAGGUCAAUUGCAAACUGGAGCCAUUGGAUGUCAUCACACAAACUACCGUUGCGAUGGCUCUACAACCCAACAGCCCCUAUCGUGGUAUCAUCAAUGCCAAUAUUCUUCUGCUGAGAGACGGCGGAAUCAUGCAGCGACUCAUGCAAACUCAAUGGUCUGUCGAAUUAAGCGGACCAACUUCAUCAUGGAAGUCGGUCGAGAUUGGUGACAUAGUGCCAUUGUUGCUUCUUAUAAUUGGCGCUUUGUUCUUCAGUUGCUUUAUUUAUAGUUUAGAACGAGUUGUUUAUAAAAGUCUCGUGAACCGACUCAAGUUAAGAACGAGUACAUUACGACAAUCAAGAAUGUAA